AUGGGAUCAACUACUUCAAAACCUGAACAAAAGGUGUUUACACCAUCAGCUCCAAUUGAUUUCAGUGCAUCAUUUUUAUCACAAUUAGAGAAUAGUAAAGAAUCUGAUUAUUCAAGAUCUCAAUAUACUGAAAAAUAUAUACAAGAUAGAGUACAACAAGAAUUAACCAAAUUAGAAAGAGAAACUAUUUUAAAAUUCCAAGAUACUGUUAAUGAUAGCAUAUUACCAGAAGAUUCAAAAGAUUUAAUUUCUGUUGAAAAAUCUAAUGACAAAAUCACAUCAUUAAAAAAAUUAAUGCAAGAGAAUAUAGAGUUAACUAAAGUUGAAGUUAGUAAAGAAAUCACUAGUUCAAGAGAUUUAGUAUUGAAAUGUUUAAAAGAUAAUGAAGGUAGAAGUUUAAAUUGUUGGGAAGAAGUUCAAAAAUUCAAACAAUUGGUUAAAGAUUUAUAG